CGUUGCCCCUGGUGACGCGUCUCCAUCUCCCUCAGUCCCACCCGCGCCUCUCGUUCUCGGCCUGUGAUUGGCUGUCGGGGGUAACAUCGCACCCCUGACUGGUCAGGUCGUCUGUCCGCUACGGAGAAGGGCGAACAGCUAACUGCUGAAGCUAACACCGGCACCGGCAGCAGCAGCAGCGGCAGCAGCGGCGGCGGCGGUCUGUUGUCUCACACCCUGGGGCUUGUGGAAGGAGCGAGCAGACGGUUUCCGACAUGUCUUCAGACGAAGACAGGGCCAAGGAAAUCUUGAAGGGCUUCAAACUAAACUGGAUGAACCUUCGCGAUGCAGAAACGGGCAAAGUGCUGUGGCAGGGAACGGAGGACCUCUCUGUACCAGGCGUAGAGCACGAAGCUCGUGUCCCGAAGAAGAUCCUGAAGUGUAAAGCAGUGUCCAGAGAACUGAACUUUUCUUCCUCGGAGAAACUGGAAAAGUUCAGGCUGGAGCAGAAAGUCUUCUUCAAAGGACAGUGUCUAGAAGAAUGGUUCUUUGAGUUUGGCUUCGUUAUCCCCAACUCCACCAACACGUGGCAGUCCCUGAUAGAAGCAGCUCCAGAGUCCCAGAUGAUGCCGGCCAAUGUUUUGACUGGUAACGUGAUUAUCGAGACCAAGUUCUACGAUGACGACCUCCAUGUCAGCACUUCAAGGGUACGACUUUUCUACGUCUGACCUCUGACUCAUGUCUCUACCUUCCAAAAUGCUGACGUCCUGCCAAGGUCUAACAUUUCCCGAGGUUACCUUCCCCUUUGCAGCAGUAAACCGUUCAUAGCUGACUCUGGAUCAGCGCACAUGGUGAAACCCAGCUGGGGUCCCACAGUCAGUGAGCUUUGUGUUUGGUUGUUCUCAUGUUUUUUGUUGACCUGAAAACUUCUUCUAGACCUUGGGAGGCGAGGGAGGAGAGGAGGGGAGAGGACUUGGUUGUUCCCCCUGCUCCAAGAUGAUCUCUCUGCAACCCCCCCCCCCCCCCCCCCAACACACACACACACACACACACACACACACACUCAGACUGUUCCAUUGUAAAUACAUCCCACUGAUUUCAAGUCUCUGAAAUUACAGUUUGUUUUUUGUUUUUUUAACUCUGCCCUCCGUCUCCAAGGUUGCAUUUACUCAGGAACAGAACAUUAGACUCGUAACCUUCUGUGAUCUGAUUUUCUUGUCUGUGUGAACAUAUGGAAUAGUCCAUUUAAACAGGAGCUGCACAUUCCGACGUAGUGCAGUGUCUCUCCCGAGCUUCACUUAACAAGUCUCCAUCCUCUGACUGUGUCUCAUUCCAGAGGCUACCUCCUGUGACACAAAGUAUAUCGUCAUGGGUGAACAAAGCUGAAAUGAGCCUGCCUUUCAAUACAUUUAUAGAAACAAAAACAAAAAUGUGUUCCAUUGUUUACUCGUCAAGUCAGAGAAUUGUUCUGUUACCAGAGAAACGGAAGUUAUGUGGCUGUAUUUGGACGUGUAUCAGUGUCCGUGCUCAGGAGUUGGUGAGGACUGCCUAGAUGAACUGUUGAUGGUCUCCGUGAGGCCAAGUACCACAACUGCUGAUGCAGCUUCUUCCUGAAGGGCACAUGUUUGCAGGCAGCCUCUGAAACUGGACACAGCUUCUACCAACCAAACCUGACCUGUUCUCUGACCUGUUCUCUGACCACACCAACGAGUGUAGUGUGAUGGGUUUCUUUCUGUCCAUCACCAGAACCACUGAUGCAUUCAUCGGCAAACACCAGUGGCAGUGCGUACAGUAGUGCAUACAGUGGUACACUCACUUAAAAACAUUCAACUGAAAUUAUCAUCAUGUCCGGACGGAGACUUGCAUCACUUACAGUAGUUCACCUGUUGAUAAUUUAAUCCUAAAUGGUCCCAAAUGUUAACAGCUGCUUAAGGUGUCACAAACUCAGCUCUUCUCUCACUCUUGUUUUUACCUUAGCUGCUAACUGAGAUGUGUAACAUAGAUUUGUUUUAUUAUGACAGGAGUAGUGAAUUAAAGUUGUGUUGUAAUAACA